AUGAACGGAACGAUUCUCGACAAUCUUGCGUCUCAAAUUGUCGACAAACUCCCCGACAAUGUUCAAGGACAGCUAAGCAAGGUCACGACAAUGCGUGCGGUCCAGGUCGGACUAGGUUUUGUUGUCCUAGGCCAGAUAUAUCGUUGGUGGGAGAACAGGAUGCCUGUUCCGAGAUACGGUGGUAUCGUCUCAUUUUCGAGCCUCUUAUCCACGAUACGAAUGAGCAAGCGAGGACCAAGCGUUUUGUCAGAGUAUUAUUCGCGGUAUCCCAUGGCCAUGAUUCCGGCGGGUAGUCAAUGGCAACUCGUCGUGCGCAGCGAAUUUAUAGAUGAAGUCAAUCGGGCGCCCGAUGACGUUCUGUCGUUCAUCUCUGCCACAGAGGAAUCGAUUCAAGCUGGACAUACUCUUGGCUCACAAAUCGUCGAAAAUCAUUACCAUCACAACGUCAUCCGAAACUAUAUGACACGCCAACUUCACUCCAUCUUUCCAGAGGUGUACGACGAGGUCAAAUAUACGUUUGAGAAUGAUGCCACCCUCAACAGUGAUGAGUGGAGGGAGCUCCAUGUGUUUCCUUGGAUCUUAAAGGUUGUAGCCAAAGCGAGCAACCGUGUUUUUGUGGACACCCCGCUCUGCCGAGAUCCUCAAUGGCUAUCAGUAGUAAUCGAGGAUGCAACCUCUGUCGUCAAGACGGCCACCUUCAUCAACUUGUUUCCUACGCCAUUGCGAGGUCUCGUCGGAUGGCUCAUUUCUGGUAAGAAAGCGCGUCUUCGACGAGCAUCAGCUCUCGCGAAAGAUGUCAUUGAGGUGCAUCUCAGCCGAGCGGGAAAGGAUUUAGAAAUGCCAGACUUUCUGGACUGGCUCAUAUCCAUUGCUCCUCAGGAGGAACUCAACGUUGAGGAUAUCACGAGGCGUAUCGUCGCCGUCAACUUUGCUGCAAUUCAUACAAGCUCGCUGAGCCUUACGCACGCGCUCUAUUGGAUCACUGCCAGGCCCGAGUACGUCGAGCCUAUGAGGGAGGAGAUUGAAACCGUGACGAAAGAGAUGGGCUGGUCCAAGAAUGCGAUCGGCCAUAUGCCAAGAGUCGAGAGUUUUAUGAAGGAGUGCAUGCGCGUCGUACCACUCGGUGCCAAUACAAUGGCUAGGCGGGUCAUGAAACCGUUCAGGUUUUCCAACGGGGUCUCUCCACCUAUCGGUACCGUCAUCUCUACGCACGUCUAUGCAAUGCACAUGAACGAAUCGAUCUAUCCCAACGCGCAUACCUUUGACGGAUUUCGAUUUGUCAAGCCAGACUCUGACACCGAAGGGAAAGCAAAGGAGACAAUGUACUCGACGUCGGUGAACUACAUGCCCUUUAGCCAUGGGCGACAUGCCUGCCCCGGACGCUUUUUCGCAUCGAUGGAGCUCAAGCUCAUGUUCGCCUAUCUCGUUUUGCACUACGACUUCACCUGGCCAACCGAAGUUACACAGAAGCUCAAGCCCGGAGAGAAAUACCGGCCAAAGGAUAUCUGGUUCGGAAACACUUUUAUCCCGGAUCCCAAAGCCAAGAUUCUGGUUCGCAAGAGGCAGACGCGCUCGUCGCUUGAGUAA